AUGGCUAGCCUCACCCGCACAUCCCGUGACGUGUGGCGGGCCCCACCUCCCCGUCCUGGGGAUCACCACGUGUCCCAGGACACGUGGCGAUCCCCUGCCGCCCGUCCCAGUAAACAUGGCGGUCCCCUCCUGCCUGUCCAGGGACCCAUAGCAGCCCUCCCCCGCCAGUCCCAGGACAUGUGGCGGGUCCCACCUUCCAGUCCCAGGAUACGUGGCGAACCCACGCGCCCUCUUGGAACACAUGGGGCCCCCCCACCUGCCAGUCCCGGGACACACGGCAGGCCUCGCCCAACCAUCCCGAUUCCCGUGGCGGGCCCCUCCUGCCUGUCCCGGGACCCGUGGUGGCCCUCGCCUGCCCAUCUUGGGACACGUGGUGGGCCUCAGCCGCCCGUCCCCAAACACGCCCCGCCCUUCCCAGGACCCAUAGCAGGCCUCGCCUGCCAGUCUCUGGACACAUGGCCUUCCCCACCUGCCAGUUCCGUGACAUGUGGUGGCCUCACCCGCCUGUCCCAGGACACGUGGCGGGCCUUGCCCGCCCGUCUCAAUACCUGUGGUGGACCCAGCCUGCUUUUCACGUGGCGGGCCUCGGCCGCCCAUCCUGGGACAGAUGUCAGGCCCCAACUGCCAGUCCCAAUACCCGUGGCGGGCCCUUCCUGCCUGUCCCAGGACCUGUGGCCAGCCCUGCCUGCUUGUCCCAGGACCCGUGCAGGCCCUCGCCCGCCCGUCUCAGGACACACGAUGGGCCUCGCCUGCUCCCAGGACACGUGGUGGUCCCCAGCUGCCAAUCCCAGUAAACGUGGCGGUCCUUGCCCUCCUGUUGGGGGCCUGCCCAUCCCAGGACCCAAAGCCAGCCUUGCCCGCCAGUCCCAGGACACAUGGCGGGCCCUACCUUCUGAUCUUGGGACACGUGGCAGCCCUCACCCACCCGUCCCAGGACACGUGGCAGGCCUCGCCUGCCCGUCCCAAUACCUGUGGUGGGCCCCGCCUACUUUUCACGUGGCGUACCUCGACCGCCCAUCCCAGGACACAUGGCGGGCCUCGCCCGCACAUCCCGUGACAUGUGGCGGGCCCCACCUCCCCGUCCAGGGGAUCACCACGUGUCCCGGGACACGUGGCGAUCCCCUGCCGCCUGUCCCGGUAAACAUGGCGGUCUCCUCCCGCCUGUCCAGGGACCCAUAG